AUGGAUACUCCUUCAAGAGUUGCAAUUAUGCUAAUGUUGUCCCUCUUAAUGUUCAAUGUUGUCAAAGGUGCCCCGCGCGCCGGCAUAGUUAAUUGGGCUUGUAAUAUUGAUUCCUAUUCGGGGGGCAAUCCUUAUGCAAACAGCAUGGCUUAUGUCCUUGAGGACAUGGUGACCGUGACACCGAAUCAUGCGAACUAUGACUACUCCAUCGUGUCUCCUUAUCCCACAGCGGCUGCCUAUGGUCACGCCGCCUGUAGCCAAGCGCUUUCUUACAGCGAUUGUGGCAUAUGCAUUAGCUCUGUUAAAUCCCAAAUACUGGCGAUCUGUCCAAACAGUCUAGGCGCUCAAAUGGAGCUUGAAGAUUGUAGAAUGAGGUAUGAAAACUACUCCUUCACUGGUUAA